AUGGGACGCGAUGAGCAACAAGAGGAGCGCGAAGUGCUCGACUCCAUCUUCCCAGACGAGAUCCAGGACAUUUCGGAAUCCGAAUACCGCAUCACCAUCACCUUAGAUGUUAGGAAAGACGAGGAAGAUGAGCCGGACAUCGCCAUCAUCCUUAAUGUCCGCUACCCAGAGGCAUACCCGGACGAGGCGCCUCACCUCGAUAUCACUCAGCCACCCAAUGCGCCCAAGUACGCCCACCUGGACAUUCAAGAGGAUAAGGCCCGCCUGCUUGAAGCCUUACAACCCACCGUUGAGGAGAAUCUAGGCAUAGCUAUGAUCUUCACGCUGGUCUCCACACUCAAGGACAGCGCCGAACUGCUCGUCUCCGAGCGUCAGGCCGCCAUUCAGGCGCAGAAGGACAUCCUUGUCGCGAAAGCGGAGGAGGAGGAGAACCGCAAGUUUGAAGGUGAGAAGGUGACACGUGAGACGUUCCUCGCCUGGAGGGAGGGGUUCAAGAAGGAGAUGGAGGAGGAGAAGGCGCGGAGGGCGGCGGAGAUGGAGGCUGAAGAGCGGAAGAAGAGGGGCGGUAAGCUCGAGGAGAAGAAGUUGACCGGGCGGCAGCUUUGGGAGAUGGGACUGGCCGGAAAGACUGUGGAAGAAGAGGAAGAAGGCGAGGAUGGGUUGGAGGGCAUGCAAAGGCUCAAGGUGGAAGGGUGA